AUGCUUCUAUUGAUGAAUUUGAUGAUGAAUGUAAAUCUUGAUGAAGAUUUGGCUGCUUUAGAAAAUUUAGUUGAGGAGUCCAUUGAUAAUUUUAAGGUUUUUGAUGUUGUUAAUUGUGAAAAGGAUGACUUUAGGGUGAAGAUGUUUUGUGAUGAAUUUGUUCCUGUGAGUACUGUUGUCGAUAUAUUGGUUGUUGGGGAAAAUAUGCAUUCCAGUGCUGUAGUAGUUUCUUCUUCCAACCAGAAAAAUGGUGAUACAUAUGUUAUUUUCAGAAAUGGAAUUCGAUUAAACUCUUUUGUGUUUGAUCCUGGUGAAUUGAAUGAGUUUUUUAGGGUUAAGUGUUCCUUUGAUGCUGACACAAGUGGGCACUCUGUUGAUAAGACUGAAUUGGAGAAAUGGUUAUUUCUUAUUGAUCAUGGUGGACUCAAAGGAAUUUUGUGCAAUGAUGAUUCUCCCAUUGUUACUAAUGAGUUUCUUAGAAUUAAGCAUUCACUUGUUGUUGACAAAGUUGGGCACUCAGUUGAUAAAAAGAAACUAGAGAAGUCAUUAGUUACCUGUAAUGAAUGUAGAGGUGCUAUAAUAGUGUUGGAAAGGACUAGUAAAAGGCAUGUUUCUGGGGGUGCAGUAGUUACUUGUUUCAGAGGAAGUAUUAUUGUUGAAGAAAUUGGCACAGUUUUUCAACAUGUCGACUUACUAUUUGUUGCAGCUUAUUGGUUCAGCUUGGAAAAUGCUAGGGUGGCUACUAAACUAGGGAAGGAAGCAACAUUUGAAAUUUUUUGGAAGUUGUUAAAUGGUUUAGGUACUGAGCUUGCUGGGAGUGAUUUGGAUGCAGGGAAUGUUGUUAGCACAUUCCACCUGAUAGUUAUGAUGUUACCUGAUGAAGACCUAGAUAGUUUGGUGCUUGGGAGUGAAUUUGUGAGAGACUCAAUUGUGCUAAUCAUGCCGAAGUUUUGUCCAGUAGUGUUAUUCAGUUUUCUGUCUGUGGCAUAUCUUUGA